AUGCUCAAGUUUUAUCCCUUUGUUAUUAUAGUUUUAAUCCUACAUCCAGUGAACUUGACAUUUUUUAACCUGAGUGUGAACUUUUCCCCGUACCGUCUUGAGUUAACAACAUCGAGCCACGCUACAGAGAACUCAUCACAUUCAGACAUCGGCAUCGUCAGUAAACCUGCUUGCGGUGUUGAGUCGGGAAGAAACCGUAGCUGUGUGGAUGUUAAGUCAUUGCCUUCAAAGUUGCCGUUAUUUAUAAAUAUCACCAGAAAGCUGCACAUCUUACCAUCAACUACUUCAAAAUUAAGGGAAAGAUCUUUGAAAAUGGUGCAAUACAUAACUGAGACGCCAGUCAAUACAGGCUCUCUUCCAACUGGAGUAAAUAUGGGAUCAUCAGGUAAACAAAGCUUACCAGAAACUGUUGAGGCAGCUUCACUCGUGACGACUCAUGCUAACAUAGUUAUGACAACGCCUGUUAAUACUCGAGAAGUGAGUAUUGUAAAACAUUCAUCUAUUAUAAACGAGUCUGUAACUAUGAAACCCCGGGACGUGGAAACACAAGGUCCAGUGCAUCAAACUGCUGUGACUAGACGGGACGGCGAGCAGCUGAAGCGCGGUGCGCAAGAGAAAGUCCGCCGCGUCAUCUACCAGAACUACGCGCGACCCUACACAGCUCGAAUGUACUCCCGCGGUUUAAGACGUCCUCAGAAUAAGUGGAAUCCAUAUGAACUUUCGAAGAAAAUCCAUUUGAAUCAGAGAGCUGUUCGUACACUGAGCACUUAUCCUUUCUUCCCGGGAGGAACCACACCCACGCGGCAACCGGAACCAACAGAAAUAAUGAAGUGUGGUAUUGCUAAAUGCAUAAUGUUUAAGUGGACGGAUGUGGAUGAAGGUACACCGAACGAAAAUGGCUUAAGGCACGAGGACACAUACUUUAGAGCGUCGGAAAGCUUUACCUCUGCCGCUACAUACAAGGAAGACUCAUUGGAACUCUUUAAAGCGUAA